CCCGGCCUGCGCGGCGGCGCGCCCUGCAGUCCCCGAGCGAGCGAGUGGCGAACGGCAGCCGAGCGCGCCCCGUCCCGUCGCGCGCGAUGCUGCCCUGGACGGCGCUCAGCCUGGCCCUGAGCCUGCGGCUGGCGCUGGCGCGGAGCGGCGCCGAACGUGGUCCCCCAGCAUCGGCUCCCCAGGGGGACCUGCUGUUUCUGUUGGACAGCUCGGCCAGCGUGUCUCAUUAUGAGUUUUCCCGAGUUCGGGAGUUUUUGGGGCAGCUGGUGGCCCCACUGCCCCUGGGCCCUGGGGCUCUGCGUGCCAGCCUGGUGCAUGUGGGCAGCCGCCCAUACACUGAGUUCCCCUUCGGCCAGCACAGCUCAGGUGCGGCUGUCCAGGAUGCCAUACGUGCUGCAGCCCAGCGCAUGGGCGACACCAACACUGGCCUGGCGCUGGCUUACGCCAAGGAGCAGCUGUUUGCCGAGGUGGCAGGGGCCCGGCCGGGGGUGCCCAAGGUGCUGGUGUGGGUGACAGAUGGCGGCUCCAGCGACCCCGUGGGGCCCCCCAUGCAGGAGCUGAAGGACCUGGGUGUUACCGUCUUCAUCGUCAGUACCGGUCGUGGCAACCUCCUGGAGCUGUCAGCUGCUGCCUCGGCCCCCGCAGAGGAUCACCUGCACUUCGUGGACGUGGACGACCUGCACAUCAUUGCCCAGGAGCUGAGGGGGUCCAUCCUUGACGCCAUGCAGCCACAGCAGCUCCGUGCCUCUGAGGUCACGUCCAGCAGCUUCCGCCUGGCCUGGCCGCCCCUGCUGACCGCAGACUCCGGCUACUACGUGUUGGAGCUGGCGCCCAGCGCCGAGCCGGGGAACGUGCGUCGCCAGCAGCUGCCGGGGAACGCCACGGGCUGGGCCUGGGUCAGCCUCGACCCCGACACGGACUACGACGUGGAGCUGGUGCCCGAGUCCAACGUGCACCUCGUGAGGCCGCAGUACCUGCGGGUGCACACGCUGCCGGAGGAGGCCGGGCCAGAGCGCAUCGUCAUCUCGCACGCCAGGCCGCGCAGCCUGCGGGUGAGCUGGGCCCCGGCGCUGGGCCCGGCCGCCGUGCUCGGCUACCACGUGCAGUUCGGACCGCUGCUGGGCGGCGCGGCGCAGCGCGUGGAGGUGCCCGCGGGCCGCAACAGCACCACGCUGCAGGGCCUGGCGCCCGGCACCGCCUACCUGGUGACCGUCACGGCAGCCUUCCGCUCGGGCCGCGAGAGGGCGCUGUCGGCCAAGGCCUGCACGCCCGACGGCGAGCGCAGCCGCGCUCCGCGCCCCCAGCCGCCGGGGGCCGGGGGCAGGGAGCCGUGAGCCCGCCGCCCCGCCCACCCGAGGGCCCCCUUCUCCCGAACCCGGCGGGGGAGGCGCCCACCGCCGAUAGCAGGGCCUUGCCCCGCGGCGACUCCGCGCGAACACCCCCACCCAGAACUCUCCCGCGGCGGAGGGCUCCCUGCUCGGGGCGUCUGCCUUCUAGGACGCAGGCUUCGCCCGACUCCCCCGCCUGACCCUCUCUCUGCUGCAGCUCUGGCAGCAGCUCGUGCCAUCGCGACCCCCUGCCCGGGCCCAGACCUGGGUACACGGUGCCGUCCUUUGGGCAGGAAUUAGCAGCAAGAUGGACAGGGAGUCUGGGGCGGGCUGAGAACAUCAGAUACAGGACUGGCCGUGGGCCCAGGACAGGAGGUGGCCGAGCGGAGCGGCUAGACCUCUCGCUUGUGUGAAGGCCCAGUCCCUCUGGUGGCGGGGGCCCGGCAUCCGUUUGAGAGGGCUUGGUCCAGUUGGCCGCUCUGACUUCCUGCGGCUACUCAGGUCCUAGAUGUUGGUAGAAGGCGGAAGGAUGAAGGGCAGGAGCGGGCUCUGACCGAGUCCCAAAGCCUUCCUGGAGGGGACAGGGUCUGGAAAGGGGCAGGGAGGAGUGGUGGCAGGUUGCCGGUGUGGUCAGCAGCUGGGUUAGCAGAAUGGUGGUCUUUAUCAGGGCAUUCAGUUGGCCUGAGAGGCAGUGCCUGCUGGGGACAGUGACCUUGCCUUCCUGCCCAGGACCCUGCUGGGUCCAGCUACAGCCACCGGGGUGAGGAUGGCCGCUUUCUGGAAGAACAAGAUCGGAUCCUGGCAUUCAGGACCCUGGAGACAGGAGGGCUCCUUGCCCCAGCAAGCCCCAAGUCUGGCACUCAUAGGGAGCCUCCCUUGCUUCUGGGUAGGGCACUGCCAUGCUGGGGGCAGGGACAAACAAGGUUUCCCUGGGUGGGUUCACCCCAACGAUUCACUACAGCAUCUUCUGACUCCUAUGUCUUCACUACCACUAUCCUGGGGCCACCAGACAAGUCCUAAGGGCGUAGCUGCUGUCCUUCAGCCCCACAAAGGCAUGAGCUCCUCUGCCUGCACCAACUCAGUGCUCACUUCGCCUCUUCCCCACUAACAACCCAGACUGUAAAAUAGAGUAAAUCAGAUGUAAACUGA